AUGACUGUCAACUCGAUCCCUCCUUUCCAGACUACCUUCGCAGUCCCUCUCACCUGCGAAUCAUGUGUGAAAGACGUGUCAAAAUCUCUUUAUGCUCUGCCAGGAAUUGUCAACGUAACUGGUGACGUGUCCUCUGGCCUCGUCCACAUCACCGGCACAGCCGCACCCUCCUCCAUAGUCUCAGCAAUUCAGUCUACUGGUAGAGAUGCCAUCCUCCGAGGUAGUGGUCGCCCCGACAGUGCAGCAGUGUGCAUUCUCGAAACACACACAUCGCGUAGCGACGUUGGCGAAAAAGUGCGGGGCCUUGUACGCAUGGUACAGGUCGCCGAUGAAUUGACCAUUUUCGACGUUGCUAUUCGUGGCCUAAGCGAAGGGACAUACGACGCCACGAUUCGGAACAACGGGAAUAUUAGCUACGGUGCGGAGAGUACUGGUUCGAUAUGGGAUGCUGAGGGGAAAGGACGAGGCGUGCUCGGUACACUAUCCAUAAACAAGGGCGGAGUAGGCUCCGUCUUUCUGGACAAACCGGUUGCCAUCUGGGAGCUGAUUGGGCGGAGUAUUGUUGUAGCGAAACAGGGAAAGAUCACAUUCAACAAGGAGGAUCCGGAUGAGCUUGUAGGGGUAAUUGCAAGGAGUGCUGGUGUAUGGGAGAAUGACAAGACUGUGUGCAGCUGCAGUGGGAAGACAGUAUGGGAAGAGAGGGUGGAGCAGCAGGGCAGAGGCAUGCUAUGA